AUGACUCAGGCGCUGGUUCAUCAAAAGUACAAGCUUGCCGUAGUUUCAGGUGGUAAACCUGUACUCCCUCGUGUUUCUAACCGAUCCAGCAGCAGCAAGACAGUCACAUGUUUAACUCAUGACAAGGCUAACUACAUUGUUCCCUUCAACAACCAGAUCAAAAUAUACUCGAUUGAGACAAGGCAAUGUGUAAAAACUAUCAAAUUUGCUAACAAUGAGACACUUUCCAAGAUUUUUCACUCGAACGAGGUCAUGGUAAGCCAUAUUUCAUUAGGCGAUUUGUCCGAUCCGGAGGAUGAAAAAUAUGAUAAGAUUACAGUUAUAACGAACAUCGGUGAUAUUGUGGUUUUAAAUUAUAAAGGCAAACUGAUAGAAGAGCCCAAGACAUGGAAGUUCAAUGAGCUUGAAGUGGAUGAAGAAGUUUUGAAGGUAUUUCGAAAUAAGGACCAGGUGAAUGUUUUGACUUCGAAAAACAAGUUUUCCCCAAGUUGUUCUUAUGAACUUUACCAGUACUCAGAGAAAAAAUUGACUUCCAUCAAGAGUUACUCAAAUGUAGUGAUAUCUUGCUGGUCCCUUAACGAACAGUUCUUAUGUGUUUUGUCUAAGGAUCAAGAAAAGAAGAAAACACUUUAUGUGGACUCGAUAUUUGGAGACAACUUUCACAGAUCAUUUCCUUUACCACUAUCGGGUAAUGCUUCGGGCUCAUCGAACACACAUUUUGUGAAUGUUAUGGCUCUUGACAACAGCUGUAUGAAUUUGGCUAUCGGGUUUGCCUCUGGUGUCAUCAACGUCAUCAAUUUGGAAGAUCUGUCAAGCAGAAUUCUUAAGUGGCACAUCGAUUCAGUACUUUCGUUGUGUUUUACUUCUGAUGGAUCUUACCUUCUGUCCGGUGGUUGGGAAAAGGUCUUGAGUUUUUGGCAAUUAUCAACAAACAUGCAGCAAUUUCUUCCUCGUUUGAAUGGUGUAAUUGUGGAUGUCGAUGUUGUUGAAGACAAGUAUUAUUCUUUGAGUUUACAAUUAGCUGAGAACCAGACAAACUGUGAUUAUCAGUUGCUAUUACUCAACUCCUCGGAUCUCACUUCAAGGUUGUGUAUUAACGGUCCUUUAUGUGUGUUUCGUACAAUGGUCAAAGAUGUUAUUCAACCGAUGUCAGCUGUCAACUCAAAACUUUCCACAUCUUCAAAUAAUUUACACAAAUUGAGAAAGAAACAACAAAGAAAACUGUUAAAAAGAAAAAGACAAGAUUUCACCUGUAACAUGGAGAUAAAUCCAUUAUCAAAGCACCUCUACUUUCCACAUAUAUCUGCUGUCCAAGUAUACGACUUUUACAAGAACGAGCAAGUGUCAUAUCAAUAUCUAGCCUCUGGUAUCAAUAAUUCUAUGGGUAAAGUUAGACUUGAACUCAACCUCAGAGAUCCAAUGAUAUCUGAAGUUAAAUUUACCAAAGACGGAAAAUGGAUGAUUACCUCUGAGAUUGAGUAUCCUCCUGAGGAUUUGCUGUCAUCUAACGAUUUGGUCUACGUUUUAAAAUUCUGGACCAUGAAUUCCAACUCAGAGUGGACCCUGAAAACAAAAGUAAUAAAUCCUCACGGUGUGCAUGCUCCAAUUACCGAGAUUUUAAUGGCUCCAAGAGUCAUUAACAAUUCAUAUGGAUGCUUAACUGCUGACAAUAAUGGGGGUCUAAAGUAUUGGUCAUUUAAUAAUGUUACGAAAAGCUGGUCUCUAACUAGAGUUUCCCUACCAAACGUCAAUCACUUCAGCAAUUCAGUUGCGUUAGCCUGGUCUUUGGAUGGGAGUUUGAUUUUUCAUGCUUUUGAUGAAAAGGUUUCUGUUCUAGAUUUCAACACUUUCUCCAAACUGGAUAAUGACAGCCCUAGCAUCCUGAAUGAAAUAACUUUAGAUUCUGCAGUGCAAUCAUUGAUUCUUGUUAACGAUAGAAAUCUAAUUAUUGCCACUCAGACUACGUUGAAUUCGGUGAAUUUAUUAUCCUACAAGGUUGAGAAUAGUUUUGAUUUGUAUCCUUUCGUCAACGGGGUCUACAAGAAUGGUGAUCUAAGCAGAUUAAUUAGUUACGACGAAAGUAGCGGAAGGGUAGCAUUGGUAGUCAACCAACUACCACAAGGAGAAAAGGGGAAACCAGCACUACAAUACUCAUCGUCUGUAGUGGUGUUCGAUUCGGACCUGACGACAAAGCUUGGUAUUUUCCAACACGAUGAAUACAUAUCUUGCAUUCGCUGGAAUUAUGACACAGAUUUCAUAUUUGUGGAUAUUCAAUGCAGACUGGGUGUGGUGAGUACAACUACGAGUACAGAAAUGCUUGAUGAAUUGAACAGAGAGGGAGCACUAGAUGCCCUGCAAAGCAAUGAGUUCGAAGCCCAAUUAAAGAAAUUGUCAGGAGGCCAAAGGGAGCGAGACCAUGCAAUGGGCGAGAUUGGUGAGGAAGACGCUGUAUUUGAAUUCAUUAAUGGUGAUAACAGCGAUAAGCUAAUCAAUAUGAAUAGCUUCACCAGCAUGUUCGAAAAUAUAGAUAACGUUCAAAUGGAUACUCUUUUUGACCGUGUCAUGAGAGUUAUUACUUGA